AUGUUAGUGUGGCUAGUGUUGCUGGUAUCUUUUUCAUCUAUUUCUUCUCCUUCUUGGUUUGGGGCUUGACUCGGGCUAGAACUAAAUCUUUUAUCAUUUAUUCCUCUCAUUGUAACUAAAUUAUUAACCUUAAUUACUUUAGCAGCACAUAAUUCUUCUUUAAUUGGAGCCUUAGGUGGCUUAAAUGUUACAAAACUACGUAAACUUACCGCCUUCUCUUCAGUUAACCAUACAUCUUAA